GAGCUUCUGAGAAUCAACUGAAGGCAGCAUUUUCGUUGCGCGCGCUGGUUACGACACAUUCUUGUGAUUGUAAGAGGACACCGCUUCCUGGUGUGGAGCUGUAAUAAUGGGCUGAUGACAGAGAGGGACGGUGGACCUGAUCGAGUCGGAAGAGACACUACAUUCACCAGGAGGAAUGUCAGCUGUAAACAAAUCUGCAGAGGACGGCGGCGCCUUCUCUUCAAAGGUCAUCAACAGCGUUUUUAUCAUCCUGCUGCUGGACCUGCUGGGAUUUACACUGAUUCUACCUCUGUUGCCUUCCAUUUUGGACCAUUAUGCACAAACGGGGGAUGUCGUGUAUCAGUCCCUGCAGAGUGUUGUGGACUGGUUCAGGGAGGCUGUGGGGAUUCCUAUGGAAAAGAAAUACAACAGUGUCCUGUUUGGAGGUCUGAUCGGGUCGCUGUUCUCUCUGCUGCAGUUCCUGUUGUCGCCUAUAACAGGAGCUCUGUCAGACUGCCAUGGCAGACGACCCUUGCUCAUUCUCACCACUUUAGGGCUGAUGUCCUCUUAUGCAGUCUGGGCAGUUUCCCGGAGCUUCAGCCUGUUCCUUUUGUUUCGAGUAAUUGGGGGCAUUUGUAAGGGCAACGUCAGCCUCUGCACCGCCAUCGUGGCCGACUUGCCUUGCCCAAAAGCACGCAACCGAGGAAUGGCUAUGAUCGGCAUUGCCUUCUCCUUGGGCUUCACCGUGGGUCCUCUGAUGGGUGCCUACUUGGCCAUCAGCUCUAGAACAACAGAAAGUGUCUUCUACCAAACUCCAGCGCUGCUCGCCUUGACCUUCAGUGCUGCGGAUCUGCUUUUCAUUUGGCUCAUGCUGCCAGAGACGCUCACAAAGGACGUUAAGGCUUCUUCUUCGGGGUUCGGGGACUCCAGCGACCUUCUGAACCCAUUAUCUUUGUUCCACUUUUCAGCUGUUAGCAGAACAAAAGAUCCCCCUUCAAAAGAAAGAAUGCAGAAGCUUCAAAUGUUGGGCCUGGUUUAUUUCUGCUACCUCUUCCUGUUCUCUGGUCUGGAGUUCACGUUGAGCUUUCUGACUCAUCAACGCUUCCACUUUACAAGCAUGCAGCAGGGAAAGAUGUUCUUCUUCAUUGGUGUCAUCAUGGCUUUGAUCCAGGGGGGUUAUGCUCGCAGAAUCAAACCUGGGCACCAUAUCAAGGCUGUCCGUAUGGCAAUCAUAGCAUUAAUCCCAGCGUUUAUUCUCAUCGGGAUCUCAUGGGACGUAACAGUGCUUUACGUCGGCUUGGGGUUAUACUCAUUUGCGGCUGCAAUAGUAGUUCCAUGCCUGUCGACGCUUGUUUCUGACCAUGGCUCAGCCAAUCAGAAGGGCACAGUUAUGGGGAUCCUGCGCAGUUUGGGCGCUUUGGCAAGAGCACUGGGACCAGUUGUGUCAUCCUCUGUUUACUGGAUAGCAGGAGCUCAAACCUGUUUUGUCCUCACAUCAGCUUCUUUCAUUGUCCCUCUGGCUCUCCUGAGAACAGCUGGAAGACUAAAGGAGGAGUGAGAGACACAAAGACUUGAAAAGGACAAUUUAUGUGUAAUAGUUUCAGUGGAUGCUAUAUUGUUUACAUCUGAGGGGAAAACAAGCACUGACUUAUUACUCUUACACGAACAACAAAAACAACAGGGAGAUGUAUACUUUCAGCAUGGUUCAUAAAGGAUCAUUACAAAAUAAAAUAAUGAUAUAAAAUGUCAAAUGUGCCAAAACAGGGACAUCACUGUACGAAUGAGUGGACAUAAUGAGCUUAUAUGUAGACUUGUGCAUAUUGUAAAAUGCACAGGUUAGGGUGCGUUACAAAUAACACUUGUGCUUGUGGAACAAAGAUAUCAUUUUCUAAUGCAGUAUUUUAUAAGUCAUUCAGAUUUUGUAUUUUGCAAAGUAGCAAUUUAUUUUAGCUCACUUUAAAAAUUUAUAUGGUCUGUAUUGUAAGUUAAAAAAAAGAAUAAAGGAGAAAGGAAA